UAUAAAAAAAGAUUCCAUAUUUUGGUUAGCCAACUUGAUUGCUUUUUGCUCCUUUUUGUUGAAUAUCUCGGAAAAUAUAGAAAUAGCGGAAAAACUUACGACGGAUAUCGCUUGGAUGGAUUCACUUCAGCUCAUACAGCAAUAAAUCCAGUAAACGUGAUAAUCGUGUGGUUUAUUUUUAGUUCGUAAAAUUUGUCAGCUGUCUUGCUAUUGAAUAACCUAUUUCCGACAUUGGGAGCAUUUAAUUAGGCCUUUUGGCCUAUUUAAUUAGAAUAUACCCACAAUUAACGUGAAUACGAUGGCUAAAGAAGAGGACGACGACAGCUUGCCCGAUAAGGAUGCGGCGAAGGAGUUCUACGCAAAAUAUGAGCCAAAAGAAAUUAUUGGCAGAGGCGUAAGCUCAACGGUACGGAGAUGCAUAGAGAAAGAAACAGGUCGCGAGUAUGCGGCGAAGAUCAUUGACCUCAGCCAGGAGUCGCAGGAUGGGGUGGACACACACACCAUGAGGGAGGCCACGCGACAGGAGAUACACAUCCUCAGGCUGGUCUCCGGGCAUCCUUAUAUUAUUGAGCUGCAAGACGUGUUUGAGUCGGAGACAUUCAUCUUCUUAGUGUUUGAGUUGUGCAAGAAUGGGGAGCUGUUUGACUACCUCACGUCUGUAGUCACACUGUCAGAGAAGAAAACCAGAUAUAUUAUGAGACAAGUGCUAGAAGGCGUCCGGUUCGUGCACAGCAAGAGCAUCGUGCACCGCGACCUGAAGCCCGAGAACAUACUCCUGGACGACCAGCUCAACGUCAAGAUCACCGACUUCGGCUUCGCUAAAGUGUUGAAUCAGGAUGAGAAGCUUUUCGAGCUAUGCGGCACUCCCGGCUACCUGGCCCCAGAGACGCUCAAGGCGAACAUGUUCGAAGACGCCCCUGGAUACGGCAGGGAGGUAGACAUUUGGGCUUGCGGUGUCAUCAUGUUCACUCUGCUAGUCGGCUGCCCGCCGUUCUGGCACCGCAAGCAGAUGGUGAUGCUGCGCAACAUCAUGGAGGGGCGCUACUCCUUCACCAGCCCCGAGUGGGCCGAUAUCUCUGAAGAGCCAAAGGACCUAAUACGACGGCUGCUAGUGGUCGACCCGAGCGAAAGGAUCGCCAUUGAGGACGCCUUGAGUCAUCCCUUCUUCAACAUGGUGCUUUGGGACACGGACAUCAUUCCCCUGAAGCAGAGCCUGUCCACCGCCGGCCGCCGGAUGUCCAAGAUCGACGAGCUGGCCAUGCAAAUCAAGUCGUCAGGCUUCAACGCGCGAGCCAAGCUUCGUCUCGGGCUUCUAGCCGUGCGCGCCGCCGUGCGCCUGCGCAGGCUGCCUCAUACAUCGUCCAGGACUGUGCAUAUAUACACGGCACAGAGGGCGCCGUACACGCUUAAAGUAUUACGGAAGGUGAUAGACGGCUGCGCGUUCCGCGUGUACGGGCACUGGGUGAAGAAGGGCGAGGGGCAGAACCGCGCCGCGCUCUUCGAGAACACGCAGAAGACGGAGCUGCGCAGCCUGUACGUGAGCAACCUCAGCCGGUAGCCGCCAGGGGGCGCCACGGUGGCCAGGAAAGAAAAUGUACCAGGACAACAGAGGACAAAGGACGCCUCACACAGGUCCUAGACCGAAAGCGUGGCAGUAGGUUAGUCGUAGAACCUCCAUACUGUAUCUAUGCAUACGCCACACGAAACUAGUGCGAUUCUAGACCUUAUUACCGCUGGAAACAUGUCUUAAAUUGAAUGUAAUUAAGUUCGAGAUUCGCGUAUGUGGAUGGCGAGUAGUGAUUGUAUAGAUAGCCUUUAAAUUAUCCUGCUGACGCUACACGGGUUCGUUAUCGACCUAGAUUAACGUCACUAUAUCGCGAUUCAUCAUAAAUACGGCGCUGUGAAGAGGUUAUCGACGUCGAUAACGAACCCGUGUAGCAGCGGCUGUAGUGAAAAUUACAUUUGUAUCCAAUGUUUGCUCAAAAGUGAGCAGUAUUUUAUCUUAACUCGAAAGAAAGUGCGUAUGAAAUCAGUUAAGAGACCAAGCGUAUACAACGAUUUACUAUACUUUUAAAUUUUCAAGAGCAAUAAAAACUCAUUAUAGUUUUUUUUUCAUCUAAAUAAUUCUGUAAGUACCUACUUAAGAUCAAAUCAACUACCUUUCAUUUGUUUUCGAAUAAAUGCUAUCGUAUCGUCAGGCAUUUUGAAAUUAAAAGAUGGAUGGAUGCCCUAAAUAAGUGAUGAAAUCAGCCUGGAACAUUUAGCAAAGUUAUUAGGACCAUGUCUUAAUCCAGUUGGUUGUGAAUUGGCUGAGAAUGUUGAGUUUACACACGUUACUUGAAUUUCGCAUCCGUAUUUGUAAAAAGUAUUUUAUCACAAGAACUUCCGCAAAUGCAAGUUUCAAAAUGGACGUUUAUACGGCCGUUUAUAAGCUUUGCCACAAAUAUUAUACCCCAAGUUUUAUUGCUAAUGUAAACACUUCUUAUAAAGAAUAACAGAAAGACAUGACAAGAAUGUUGCGUAAGUGCGUCAUGGUGGAAAAAAACACCUAAAAUAUACACGAUAAUAUUAACAGCAAUAGUGCAACAUUGAUUAUUCGCUGGUUUUAUAUCGAUAAUUAGUUUUUUAUAAA